AGCGACACUACAAGAGCAGGCGCUUUCAGGUGUCAGGAUUUGGAUCGUAUAGACUGUGGCGGUUAGCAUUUAAUGUGGGAUAACAUAGAGGAAGAGCAGUUUUAUCGCAUAGCCUAUAGCGUCCCCUGCAUUUGCUGAUAUGAAGGUGUGAGUGGGCUCAGGUCCUGGCGCAGCAGCAUGUCUAAGGUGGACUUAAGCGUUAAAUAUGAGCUCGCGGAAUACGCGAGGCCCUCAAAACGGCUUAAGACCGAGCGGUAUGAAAAGCGUGAUAGAGCAUCCAGAGAGGAGGACAAGGAUGGAGAGGAGCUGGAGGAGGGGGAGGAUUCUGACUCCGGCUCUGCGCUCGCUCCUGUGGAGACUGCAGCAGACGGCCGGGGCCGCUGGACAGCUACCGGGCGUGGAGCAGCGCCCAAGGAUAAUGGAGAAGACUUGCACCGGCUUUCUCCCAGUCCUGUAGUUCAUGUCAGAGGGUUGUGUGAGGCAGUGGUGGAGGCUGACCUUAUUGAUGCCCUGCAGAAGUUUGGCUCCAUAUGUUAUGUGAUGAUGAUGCCAUUCAAACGCCAGGCCCUAGUGGAAUUCUCAGAUGUGGAGAGUGCUAAUCAAUGUGUAUCCUGUGGAGCCAAGAAAACAGUGUACAUUGCAGGUCAGCAAGCUUAUUUUAACUACUCCACAUCCAAGAGAAUUACCAGACCAACCAAUGCAGAUGACCCAAGCAGUGGAAACAAAGUCCUGCUUCUGUCUAUUCAGAACCCUCUGUACCCCAUCACCACGGACGUCUUGUACAAAGUGUGCAAUCCAAUAGGAAAUGUGCUCCGGAUUGUCAUUUUUAAAAGGAAUGGGAUCCAGGCUAUGGUGGAGUUUGAAUCAGUACAGUGUGCACAGAAAGUCAAGGCAGCAUUGAAUGGAGCAGAUAUAUAUGCAGGUUGUUGUACGCUCAAGAUUGAGUAUGCGCGGCCAACACGUUUGAAUGUAAUCAAGAAUGACAGUGAGAGCUGGGACUACACAAAACCCUACCUGGUCCGAAGAGAACGUGGUAAGGGUCGACAGCGCCAGGCCAUAUUAGGAGAGCAUCCAUUAUCCUAUAGUGAUAGUAGUUAUGGUCCACUAGGCUCUCUGUUGCCUCUGCCUGGUAAUGGCAGAUACAAGCUAACUCCAGUGGAUGUUCCAGAUAUGGUGUCUUACCCUCUUCCCCAAUCAUCUAGCCUGUUCUCUGGUCAGCCCCCCAGUUCAGUUGCCAUGGUGAGCGGCCUGCAUCCGACUAAAAUGAACUGUACACGUAUAUUCAACCUCUUCUGCCUUUAUGGAAAUAUCGAAAAGGUGAAGUUCAUGAAGAGUGUUCCUGGGACUGCACUGGUCGAGAUGGGAGAUGAGUAUGCUGUCGACAGAGCCAUCACUCAUCUCAAUAGCAUUAAAGUGUUCGGCAAAAGACUCAAUGUCUGUGUGUCAAAGCAGCAUGCAGUGAUCCCUAGUCAGGUCUUUGAGUUAGAAGACAGCAGUAGCAGUUACAAGGAUUUUGCCAUGACACGAAAUAACCGCUUCAGCAGUGUUGGACAGGCCUCCAAGAACAUCAUCCAACCUCCAUCUGCUGUGCUGCACUACUACAAUGUUCCCCCAUGCAUCUCCCAGGAUUACCUACUUAAGCUCUGUACCGAGUACAGUGUGCCAGGCUUUUUCAAAUUUAAGGUCUUUGAUGCCAAACCUUCUUCUAAAACCAUAUCAGGACUUUUGGAGUUUGAGAGUAAAACUGAUGCAGUGGAGGCACUGACUGUGCUCAAUCAUUACCAGAUCAGGAUUCCCAAUGGUUCUAAUCCCUACACCCUGAAGUUGUGUUUCUCCACUUCAUCUCACCUGUAAUGAGCAGACAGUGGACCAUCAUGAUCUCUAUCAUGAAUCACGGCCAUGCAGCCAGCUGAAUAGAUGAAACAGGAGUCCACAUUAGAGACAUUUAUGUCUAGUAAAAUUAUAUGAAUUUAUUUCAUUAUACAAUGUUCUUUAACUAGACUUCAGUGCUGUAUUGCAGUCAUUUAAAGUUUGAGAAAAGAUGUUUCCCAGUUUUGACAAGUUUUCAUGUCUCAAAUGGUUUCAAUCAUGCUUUAAAGUUAUCAUCUGUUAUUAGGUUGGCCGACCCAACCAAUGAUAACACUAGAUGUUAACUACAUUACUUCUGUCUGAUAGUGUGGCAGUUUUGGUCUAAUAGAAGAAACCAGAGAGCACAGCCUGAGCAAAGGCCACCAUGUACUGGUGAAAAAUAACUUGCGGAUGGUAGCUUCAAGGGUUCACACUAUCCGUUAGCUCCAGUCAAAGGACUGUGGAAAUAUGGGUGAACUCAAAGUUCUUGAAAAUAAGAGUGAACAUUAUAGUAGAUUGCGUUUUUUUCCACAAAACUCUAUACUGCUAUAUGCUGGUAUGUAGUAGUAGUGGCUCUCAACCUUUUUCAGUCACGAUUCCCAUAAUAACAACAAAUGGCAUUCGCGACCCCUGAGAGAUACCCGCAAAAUUAUUAAGUUGCGUCUUGUCUAACCUCCAUUGGAGGGCAUUGGUUUGGUAUGCAUUUUAGAUAUCUUCUAGCUUUUUGGGGCAAGGGUCAACCAAUAAAUGCAAUAACAAAAAAUCAGCAUUUUACAUGAAGGUCUUCUAGGAAAAAAAUCAUGUCCUCAUAUGUGGACAGUUAGUCCAAGUUCCCUCAAAAUACAGACACCAUUAUGUAACCAGCCGAGACCCAAUCAGAAUAACAAGGAAACCCUGUCAAAACCAAUCCAGGUCUAGUGUAAACCAAUCCAAAUCAAAUCAGAACUAGUUCAGAGCCAACCUGAGCCAGCGUAGACCGAAUCAGAACGAGUCCAAACCUAUUAAGUUCGAGUACUAUCUGUUCCGACCCAGUCUGAAACUGUCAAAACCAUAUCAGAUCCAUUCCAGAUUCAUCCAGAACCUGUCCAAACCCAUUGAAAACUUGACCAGACCCUAUCUGAAACAGUCCAAACCCAAUCAGAUCCAGUCUAGAACCACUCUAAACCAGCCCAAGCCCAAUGUGAACCAGUCCUGAUCUAAUGGUUUUGGGCCUGUUGAGUUUUUUAAUUAAAUUUAUAUGAAUUAUAAAUAAUAGUCAGUCAUUUUUGCUAGAUUUUUUUACCCUGACCACUUUUUGAUUACGUGUUGACACAUGACAUUUCAGAUGUGUAGGCAGCCAUCGUUAAAUUACACUGUAAGAUGUUUUUUUUUUCCCUCCCUUGACACCACCAGAUGGCACUAUAAGUGUGAUUGUUUGUGUACAACAGGUUUAAAUGAAGUAUCAUAUUACAUCCUAUAGCGCAGACAACUAAAAAUGCAUAUGCUUGAUUUUACUUUCAGGACAUGGGCAUAGAGACAAUGUCAACUAAUAUGAACAUUUAAAUUACUACUGCAUUUGAAGGGUGUCAUUUAAGACUAUUGCAUGCAUUUUCAUUUUUUCCCCAUAUAAUCUGGACACCUUCUGAAGUAAUUUUGUUGACCCACUGUGUUGAAGCACUGGUCCAAGGAUGUGCUGUUAACUUUAUCCUACUUUUAAGUAAAGGACAAACCAAAGUCUGAGCUAUUAAAAAUAUCACUGUUUCAUUGUGAGGUUCAAUUGCUGUGUGGUGUAGAAAUCUGACGUUACAGUGACUACAAAUAUAUAUAUAUUUUACUAACAUAUUUCAUUAUUUGAGUAUUAAAAUGUUUUAUAUGCUUAAUAUUGUUGCAAAGGUCAGACAAUCAUUCAGUGUGUUUUAAACAUUUAAUUGUGUGAAUUGCUAUUGUAUGAUAAGCAUUUUUAUGGCUAUGGUAUGUGUAAUGUGUAUGUAAACACACAAACAGUAUAAUCCACCAUGCCAUGUUACAUCUAAUGUAUUGCAACUACUGUGCAAUGUCUUUCUUUGUUAUUUUGGCUGUAAAUGUGUAACACAAUAAAGGCUAUAUUGCCCUAUUUACCGU